AUGAACUGGGUGGUGGACCCGAACACGGGAGAGUACAAGAGCACGACGCUGUCGUCAACCCCGACGGGCAUCCCUUCGGACCCGGCCCUGGCCAGCUACGGCGAGCAGCAGGCAGCGCAACUGGCGGACAAACUGCUCUCGCUCGAUCCGCCCAUCGAUGUCGUCUACUCCAGCCCCUUCUACCGCUGCCUGCAGACUCUCAAACCCGCGAGUGAGCGACUGUUCGCGCCCGAUGGCAGGCUGAGCGGCCAGAAGAUCCGCGUCGAGAAUGGUCUUGGCGAAUUCUACGGCCUCGCCCGCUUCGACCACCCCUCGCCGGCGCCGCUGGCCGUGCUGCACACGCACUUCCCCGGCCAGCUCGACGACGACUACGCGCCGGUGCUGGUGCCUUCAACCAACGGCGAGUCGAUCCCAGACCUGCACGACCGCAUCGCCUACACGCUGUCGCGCGUCGUCGCCGCGCUCGACGCCGACCCGCGCGCGCCGCGCGCGCUGCUCAUCUGCACCCACGCCGCCAGCAUGAUCGCCAUCGGCCGCGCGCUGACCGGCCGCAUGCCGCCCGACGAGGGCGAGGAGGACUUCAAGUGCUUCACCUGCGCGCUGACGCGGUUCGACCGCCGCAUAACGAAGGAGGAGGACGGCGAGCGGGUGCGCAAGGAGGAGAAGGAGGCCGGCGAGUGGAGCGCGGAGCGUCCGCACGAUAUCCCGCGCGUCAGUUGGAGGGAGGGCAGGGGCGUGGCCGGCGGCUGGGAUUGCGUCAUCAAUGGCGAUUGCAGCUUCUUGACUAACGGCGAGGAGAGAGGAUGGAAAUUCUCUGGCGAUGAGGCGUUCUUGACGGAUCCCAAUGCCUUCAACGAUAAGCUGAACACUGGCGAGCCGGUGCCUACGACCAGCGCGGCUGCUGAUUCUUCGAAACUGUGA